AUGGACAAAAAAUUUAAUCAUUCAGAAAUAUUUCCUAAUAACCCUAUGCUCAUGUGUAUAUGCGGUAGUUCCGGUUCUGGGAAAACUCAUCUCACUUUUAACAUGUUGACAACACCAAACAUUUUAGAUUUCGAUUCUAUGUAUAUCUACACAACAACACCAGAGCAAUCGUAUAAUCAAUUUCUCAAAGCUUUAGAAUAUGAAGAAGUGGAAAUAAAAGAUAUCUUAGAUAACUACAUGGAAGGAAAGAAUCCAACGGAUAUAAAAGUUUUUCUUACGAAAAAUGUUAAUGAUCUAGACUUGUCUAAUAUUGAUAGCAAACGAAAGAACUUAAUAUUGUUUGACGACUGCGUAGCGCAAAGAAAUCAAGCUGUUCAACAAGAAUUCUUCACGAAGGGAAGACAUCAUAACUGUCACUGCAUAUACCAAUCCCAAUCUUUUUACGGGAUGGAUUCUAUGUUUAUUAGAAAAAAUGCAAAUUGUUUUUUAUUAUUUGAAUUAAACGAUAAAGAUUUAUCUCAAAUCAUUCAGUCGAUAAAUCACAGAAUGGACAGAGAUGCAUUUAAAAAGGUUUGUAAAGCUUAA